CUUAAUCUUAACUAAUAAGGCCCAUUAGAGAAGACCCACUAGGACUUAAUGGGCUUUUAGCGGGAAAAUAAUAAGGCCUAACAAGUUUUUAGGGGUCCCUUCUCUUUAAUUUCAUCGACAUUAUUUGAAACAGACAGUGAAAGAAGAAACAAAUUGUGGAUUCGUCGUCUGCGAAAGCAUCUGGGAGAGAAGAAGCCACAGUCAUUUUCUUAAACGUGUUCAUUUUUCGUCUAAUCAAAUCAUGGCGCAUGUUCUGUUCUACUACAAUCAAAAUUUGUGAAAGAAGAGGGAAUGAUGAACAAGAGUGCACGUAUUAAGAGGAAACAGAGUUGUGUGGUCCUUGACCUUGAGGGUGAAAAAGGGUCCAUGUGAGUUUGAUUAUUGAUAGCGAUGUCUAUCCUCCCAGGCUUCCGCAUCGCUCAUUUGCAGCCUCAGAAACAUGAUUGUCUUUUUAAAAUAACUCAAAUAAUAAUAUAACUGGGUUUUGGAAACAGUACAGUUGUGUUUUUUAAUUGGUCUAUCUCUCUAUCUUUCUCAUCGUCUUUGCUCCUUUUAAAGACUGUGUACUAUAUUUCCAUGAGUUGCAGCUGAUAAAGCUACUCUGACUAUUCAUUACUCUGUUUCGCCAUAAGAAAGAGAAUAAAGAAACGUUAUGGAGAGGCCAAGAGCCCCUCCAUCUCCUUUGAAUGAUGCGGAGUCAUUAAGUGAACGUAGAUCUCUUGAGAUUUUCAACCCUUCGAGUGGAAAAGAGACACAUGGAUCAACUUCUUCUUCUUCAAAGCCUCCUCUUGAUGGCAACAACAAAGGUAGUAGUAGUAAGUGGAUGGAGUUUCAAGAUUCCGCUAAGAUUACAGAAAGAACCGCUGAAUGGGGAUUGUCAGCUGUUAAGCCGGAUUCGGGAGACGAUGGCAUUAGUUUCAAGCUGUCCAGUGAAGUGGAACGAAGCAAGAACAUGUCUAGGAGGUCAUCCGAAGAAUCUACAUCUUCUGAAUCAGGGGCCUUCCCUAGAGUAUCCCAGGAGCUCAAAACUGCUCUAUCCACGUUGCAGCAGACUUUUGUUGUCUCUGACGCUACACAGCCUCACUGUCCCAUAGUCUAUGCCAGCAGUGGAUUCUUUACCAUGACUGGUUAUUCUUCCAAGGAAAUUGUUGGAAGAAACUGCCGGUUUCUGCAAGGGCCAGACACCGACAAGAAUGAGGUUGCCAAAAUCAGAGAUUGUGUCAAGAAUGGAAAAAGUUACUGUGGAAGGCUGUUAAACUACAAAAAGGACGGAACUCCCUUCUGGAAUCUUCUCACAGUCACUCCUAUCAAGGACGACCAGGGCAAUACCAUCAAGUUCAUUGGGAUGCAGGUUGAAGUUAGCAAAUACACAGAAGGGGUAAAUGAUAAAGCAUUGAGGCCUAAUGGACUCUCCAAAUCCUUGAUUCGAUAUGAUGCUCGCCAGAAGGAGAAAGCUUUGGAUUCCAUCACAGAGGUUGUGCAAACUAUAAGACAUCGUAAGUCUCAAGUUCAGGAAUCCGUGAGCAAUGACACUAUGGUAAAGCCUGAUAGUUCUACUACACCUACACCUGGUAGACAAACAAGACAGUCAGAUGAGGCUUCAAAGUCUUUCAGGACACCUGGACGUGUUUCUACUCCAACGGGGUCAAAGCUCAAAAGCUCGAAUAACAGGCAUGAAGAUCUUUUACGUAUGGAACCCGAAGAAUUGAUGUUGAGCACAGAAGUAAUAGGGCAGAGGGACAGUUGGGACCUAUCGGAUAGAGAAAGGGAUAUACGCCAAGGGAUUGAUCUAGCUACCACUCUUGAGCGCAUAGAGAAGAAUUUCGUCAUCAGUGAUCCUCGUCUCCCUGAUAAUCCCAUUAUCUUUGCAUCAGACAGCUUUCUUGAAUUGACAGAGUAUUCACGCGAGGAAAUAUUGGGGAGAAAUUGUCGGUUUCUUCAGGGGCCAGAGACAGAUCAAGCGACUGUCCAGAAGAUAAGAGACGCAAUUAGAGAUCAGAGGGAGAUUACUGUGCAGUUGAUAAACUACACUAAAAGCGGAAAGAAAUUCUGGAACUUAUUCCACUUGCAACCUAUGCGUGAUCAGAAGGGAGAGCUUCAAUACUUCAUCGGUGUGCAGCUUGAUGGAAGUGAUCAUGUAGAGCCCCUCCAAAAUCGUUUGUCUGAGAGAACAGAGAUGCAGAGUUCGAAAUUGGUGAAAGCUACGGCAACAAAUGUAGAUGAAGCUGUCAGAGAGCUUCCAGAUGCUAAUACGCGGCCCGAAGACCUGUGGGCUGCACACUCGAAGCCUGUCUAUCCUCUGCCUCACAAUAAGGAGAGUACGUCCUGGAAAGCAAUAAAAAAGAUCCAAGCGAGUGGAGAAACAGUGGGACUACAUCAUUUCAAACCAAUAAAACCGUUGGGCUCUGGUGAUACUGGCAGUGUCCAUUUGGUUGAGCUGAAGGGCACGGGUGAACUAUAUGCCAUGAAAGCAAUGGAGAAAACAAUGAUGUUGAAUCGUAACAAGGCUCACCGAGCGUGCAUCGAAAGGGAAAUCAUUUCCCUUCUGGAUCAUCCAUUCCUUCCUACUCUCUACGCUUCUUUUCAGACCUCUACGCACGUCUGUUUGAUUACAGACUUCUGCCCAGGUGGAGAGUUGUUUGCACUACUUGACAGACAACCUAUGAAAAUAUUGACAGAAGACUCUGCAAGGUUCUAUGCAGCAGAGGUUGUUAUCGGCUUAGAAUAUCUUCACUGCUUAGGAAUUGUAUAUCGAGACCUGAAGCCUGAGAAUAUACUGCUCAAGAAGGAUGGACACAUAGUAUUGGCUGACUUUGAUUUAUCAUUCAUGACGACCUGCACACCCCAGCUUAUUAUUCCAGCUGCACCUAGCAAACGAAGGAGAUCCAAAAGUCAACCACUACCCACAUUUGUUGCAGAACCAAGUACCCAGUCAAACUCGUUCGUAGGAACUGAAGAAUACAUUGCGCCUGAGAUAAUCACGGGUGCUGGUCAUACAAGUGCUAUUGAUUGGUGGGCACUGGGUAUCUUGUUGUAUGAGAUGCUUUAUGGUCGCACACCUUUCAGGGGUAAGAAUAGGCAAAAGACAUUUGCCAACAUCUUGCACAAAGAUCUCACUUUCCCCAGCAGUAUCCCUGUGAGUCUUGUAGGUAGACAGUUGAUCAACACGUUGUUAAAUAGAGAUCCGAGCAGUCGGUUAGGAUCCAAAGGUGGGGCAAAUGAGAUAAAGCAGCAUGCUUUCUUUCGCGGGAUCAAUUGGCCUCUCAUACGAGGCAUGAGUCCUCCACCACUGGAUGCACCGUUGAGCAUAAUCGAAAAAGAUCCGAAUGCCAAAGAUAUAAAGUGGGAAGAUGAUGGAGUGCUUGUGAAUUCUACGGACUUGGACAUUGACCUCUUCUAAUCCUAUUCUUCCUCUCUCUGCCUUUGAUUCUCAAAUUAUGCAAAACUCUUCUUCUCAAUAAAAGCCAAGGUGUUGUUGUACUUGUAGUUGCUUAAAUAUAAACGGCUCUUUUCAUGUUUUUCCAUUUCUUCUAAUCAACAACAAUAAACAUACAAACUUAAGAGCCAUGUUAAUAUUCAUGUUAAGUGUGAUAAGCCCAUUAUGAGGCCCAUAACUAGCCCACUAGUAGUUGGGAGAAAUGUCUUUGAGAAGUCCAACCACCUGCUGCAUCGUAGGUCGCUUCCAUGGCAGAUCGGCGGUACACAAGUACCCUAUCUUCACCGCCUCCGCGAUUUCAUCCUCCGGAACUGUCUCUUGCAUCGUCGGAUCAAUGGCUCUCAAUCCUUGUCCCUGCCUCACCAACCCUCUCACCCAAUUCACCAAGUCACCCUCCGGCUUCUUCCCACUCACGAGCUCAAGCAAAACAACUCCAAAGCUAUACACAUCGGAUUCUAAUGUCGGAGAAGCAUUUCGCUCCUGUUCCGGUGGUGUGUACCCGUCUAAACUUUCGGAACCGGGAAAUUGCUCGUCCAAGAGUUUAACUAAACCAAAGUCUGCUAAGCGUGGCUCCUGGCUAGAGUCUAACAAGAUUGUUGCAGCCUUCACUUCUCCGUGGACCAUUGGAGGAAUGCAGCCAUGGUGAAGGAAAGCUAAUGCCCUCGCUGUCCCCAAAGCUAUCUUAUGCCGAAGUCUCCAAGGUGCAGAAUCAUCUCCGUUGUUAUGGAGUAGACUUUGCAAAUUAACCAUGUCUAAGUCCUCGUAGAUUGCAAUUCUUUGCUCUGUCGCUAUACAGUAUCCACAGAGCGGGAAAAGAUUUGGGUGAUUGAUCCUAGCGAGACGUUCAAAUGCAAUCGAGACUUCAGUAUCAGUCAAUGUGGUUCCACUUGGGAUAACUUUUAGAGCUGCUCUGAAUCCACCGGGUAAGACUGCUCCGUAAGUAGGACCAGACUUGCCUUCCCACAACAUUGUGCCUCUGUCGAAGUUGAAAGUCGCAGCCUUUAGGUCUGCAAGCGUCAUUUUCAUUAAUGGCUUGUCGAUCAUUACCACAGGGAUUUGCGUUGCUUGCUUGAUAUCAGUGGUUGAGUCGUGUUGGUCUGGGGAGUUGGGUUCUGUGUUGUUUAUGGCUAGCUUUGUUGCCCAAGUUCUUGAUUUUCUUCUAACUCUCAAGGCUACAAGUAUGAGCAGUAGUCCUAUAAGUAAGAACGCCAUGGAGAUUGCUAACCCCAAACCAAUCUUAAGCCCUGUAUUCUUCUUGUUGACUUUCUUUCCUUUUGUAAUAAUUGGCUUUGCAGCGAAGGGGCAGUUGUUUCUAAUAUUAAUGAAGGAUCUCUGGAUUGUUUCUUGGGAGAAGUUGGGGUUGCAAAAGGUUAGAUUGUUGAAAGAGAAGUUAAACCUUUGCAUCAUGGCGAGUUUCUCCAAAAGCGGCCUUGGGAUAUCUCCGUCUAGCUUAUUCAACGAGAGAUCAAGUACUUCAAUGUUCUUGACGCUCAGCAUAGGCACGUGGCCAGUGAGAUUAUUGGAGGAGAGAUCAAGAACCUUCAGAUGACUCAGCCGCGAGAUUUCACGCGGAAUGAUAUUAGUGAGAUUGGUCCUUGAUAGAUUCAGAUAAUGUAGCGCAGAAAGCUUGCCGAUUUCUGGGAACUCUUGUGCCCUGAAUCGAUUGCACGCGAGGUUAAGGUGUCCCAGCUUGUGAGCUGAACUCAAACCAUUGAAUAUAUGGCCGACAAAGCUAUUAUCGGACAAGUCAAGAUGAAUCAGACUAGACCAGUUGUGUUUGUGGCCGGGUAUUAACUGCAAGAUAUGCCCAUCAAAUCGGUUUUCACUGAGAUCAACUGUUUCCACGUUUUCAUGCAAGACUCCUAUCAAUGAACCCUGAAACAGAUUUCGUGAAAGGUUCAAGCUUUUUAGUAGUGGGAAAGCUGAACCAAAACCGACAGGCAGAGACUCGUUGAGGCGGUUGGAUGAGAGGUCGAUGGAGAGUAGAGAUCGGCAAUGGACAAGUUCUGGAGGGACGCCAAACUGAAAGUCAUUGUUGUGGAGCUUGAGAGUUGUUAGAUUGACAAGGUUGCUUAUUGCGGCAGGGAUUUUGCCAGAGAUGCUGUUGAAAGAAAGAUCAAGGGUGUGAAGCGACAUGAAAUUGCCGAUGUUGCUGGGAAGAGGCUCAGAAAUCCGGUUGGAGGAGAGAUUGAGACUCUCAAGCAAGCUGAGACUCCACAAAUCCGAGGGGAGAGACGUAAUCUUGUUUCCACUGAGAUCUAAAGUUUGGAGCUUACUCAUUUUGCCAAUAGUGUUGUCGGGGAUCGAACCAGACAGGUCCAACCCAGAAGCCGAAAUAUGCAACACAUUCUCACUAGAGUCACAGACGACCACUCCUGGCCAUGAACACAAGGAAGAAAACGUAUGAGCUUGGGGAGAAUUGGGUAAUCUCAUUGCGGAGAAGAAGCUAGAGAGAUGAUAAGCGUCGGUGUUGGGAUCUAGGCUCGUCAGAUGCUUGACGAAGAAGGAGAAGAACAGGAGAGAUCCCCAUAGAGACAACCUCAUAACUUGGUGGUGUCUGGGACUGGAGAAAGUUGGAUGGGAAAGCUCAGAAAGAAGACAGACUGUGUGAAAAGAAGAAAAGACAUAAUGGAAUCACGGGGCAUAGAGGUGAUGAUAGUUUAGAAUACAUUGAAAUCCCUUUCACGUGCACAGCUUCAAAAAAAAUCAGAACUUUUAGUCAGAAAGCUAUGAAAUUUCAGAAGAAGAAGAUAAGAGUUGAAUAGUUUGGGGGAGUUCCGGAGUUGAGAGUUGAGUUUUUGGUUGUAUCGUAUAUGGACACUGGAGAAAGUGGGAAGAGAAGAGAGAGUCGUUGAAAGUCAAAAAAAGGGAUAUGUGGAGAUUAUAAUUAGGUAAAGUAUUUCGCUAGUGAGUUAUAAGAAAAAUAUGAUAAAUGGAAUCUGUCUCAGACCUUUUGUGAAUUUUUCCAAAUCCCAAAGUUGUCAAUGGAUUUGGUGAGUGGAGGAGUGGGUGGUUGUUGUGGUUUCUCAUUUCAGUAGUGUUUUGGUUAUUAAUGUAAAAAUUCACUUUUUUAGGGGUUUUC